AUGAGAAGAAUGUUGCGCGAAGGGUUCAUGUCUCAGUGGACAGGAUUAACUCAAGGCUGGAGACUCAGCCCUGCCGAUCGUCAGCACUGCAGUAGUGAUGGCUUCCGUGCAGUUGUGCAGGCAAGGAUUAAUUUGGGUGCAGAUCAGCAAGGUGCAGGUGCUGACGCUGCUGACGGGACGGGGAAGGCGCCCAGCGGGAACUUGCAGGGGUCGCAAGGAUCGUAUGCCACGUCGCGUGCCGACUUUCCCAGAAGUCGACGAGCAGAUUUGGUGCAAUUUGCAGCGGAUUGCACCGUAUCUGCACCCAGAAUACUCGACUUGGCGACGCAAACAGCCCAUCUUGGCCCCUAUGGAAGCCUUGAAGGACCUAAGCACCGAAGAUCCACGCCUGCGCAGCCACCCCUGUCGGACGACGACGACGACGACUGCGCCGGGCCCCUUUCCAUCAAUGCGAUAAGAACUACUCGCAGAAAAAGAGAGAGCGACAUCCCAUUUCUGUACACGCGGCCUCCCUCACCCCCCAGAAUCCCAUACUUUUCGACAUUGGGGGAAACCUUCGACGCUGUCAAACCAUCCGCAUACGUCAAAGAUAACGAUCCCGUCCCGUCCCGUCCCCAAUUCGUCCAUUCCAGCGCCGCCACAACCCGCACGCGUAAACCCAAUCUCGAAACGAAAGCUUGCGGCGGUUUAAGCUUGGGUCAAUAA